CAAGGAGGGUUACUGGGAAAUUUUUAAGCGAUACAAGACGCCAUAUUGCUCUCAGCUGGACUCGGGAGUUUGCGUGAAGGAAAUAAUAAUACCUAGCUACACCUAGGAGUUUCUGACAUUAUUCAUCUGAAAUGGACGAGAUGGCAAGCCCAGGGAAUGACCGAAUGAAGAGUUACAAGAACAAAGCGCUGAACCCACAGGAGAUGCGCCGGAGGAGAGAGGAGGAGGGGAUCCAACUCCGCAAACAGAAGAGAGAAGAGCAGCUGUUCAAGAGGAGGAAUGUGUGUGUGCCCUCGGGCGACGAGUCCAUGUUGGAAUGCCCUGUCCAGGACCCUGACAUCAGCUCCACUGCACCAGUCUCAGGUGAAGGUGUCAUAACUCCAGACAUGAUCCAGAUGAUCUUCUCUGAGGAUCCAGACCAGCAGCUGAUUGCCACACAGAAAUUCAGGAAGUUACUCUCCAAAGAGCCCAACCCCCCCAUCGAUGAGGUCAUCCUCACCCCAGGGGUCGUCAAUAAGUUUGUGGAGUUCCUCAAGAGGAGUGAGAACUGCACUCUUCAGUUUGAGGCAGCCUGGGCCCUGACCAACAUUGCCUCUGGGACCUUCCUGCACACCAAGGUGGUUAUCGAGACGGGAGCCGUGCCCAUCUUCAUUGAGCUGCUCAACUCGGACUACGAGGACGUCCAGGAGCAGGCCGUGUGGGCCCUGGGGAACAUCGCCGGGGACAACGCAGAGUGCAGAGACUACGUUCUCAACUGUGGCAUCCUGCCCUCCUUACAACAGCUGCUGGCUAAAUCCAACCGUCUCACCACAACUAGGAAUGCUGUAUGGGCUUUGUCUAACCUGUGUAGAGGGAAGAACCCCCCUCCAGACUUCACCAAGGUGUCUCCCUGUCUGAGUGUGCUGUCCAGGCUGCUGUUCAGUAGUGACCCAGACGUGUUGGCUGAUGCCUGCUGGGCCCUCUCUUACCUGUCUGACGGACCCAAUGACAAGAUACAGACCGUCAUCGACUCUGGGGUCUGCCGCAGACUGGUGGAGCUACUCAUGCACAGUGAUUAUAAAGUGGUCUCUCCUGCGCUGCGUGCUGUGGGAAACAUAGUGACAGGAGAUGACAUUCAGACUCAGGUGAUUCUGAACUGCUCGGCGUUGCCAUGCCUAUUACACCUGCUCAGCAGUCCCAAGGAGUCCAUCAAGAAGGAGGCCUGCUGGACUGUGUCUAAUAUUACAGCUGGGAACAGAGCACAGAUCCAGACGGUGAUAGAUGCCAACAUCUUCCCAGUGCUGAUAGAGAUUCUUCAGAAGGCAGAGUUCCGCACCAGGAAGGAAGCAGCGUGGGCUAUAACCAACGCUACCUCUGGGGGCACUCCUGAGCAGAUCAGGUACCUGGUUAGUCUGAACACCAUCAAGCCCAUGUGUGACCUGCUGACAGUGAUGGACAGUAAGAUAGUGCAGGUGUCACUGAACGGCCUGGAGAACAUCCUGAGACUGGGAGAGCAGGAGGCCAAGCAGAACGGCACCGGCAUCAAUCCUUACUGUGCCCUCAUAGAGGAAGCCUAUGGUCUGGACAAGAUCGAGUUCUUGCAGAGCCAUGAGAAUCAGGAGAUCUACCAGAAGGCUUUUGACCUGAUCGAGCACUACUUUGGUGUGGAGGAGGAGGACGCUAGCAUCGCCCCGCAGGUGGACCAGAACCAAGGCCAGUUUAUCUUCCAGCAGCAGGAUGGGCCCAUGGAGGGCUUCCAGCUCUAACCACACCCUGACCUUUGACCUUCACCCCUUUGAGUAUCUACCACCCCCCCAGGGGAGUCCAGUCUCCAUAGGGCUGUUUAGACCUGAACUGAUGACACUACCCCAUCUCGCCUCUCUCACUGGACCCACCUGCUCUACCUCUCUCUCUCCAAAUCUUCCUCUCCUGCAAGGCUAGCCUUGCCCUGCCACAGCACCCUAUCUGGAAAGGGCGAGAGAGGGAGCAUGAGAGAGAGAGAACCUGACUGACUGAAAGACUGACUGAGGACAGCUCAUUCUUAGUGUUUGAGACUUCCUGGAGCUGUAUGCAGCGUUUGGGUUGUUUCUUUCUAUUGUAGACUAUACCGUCUGUGCAGUGGCAAGCCUCCUAACAUGGUAGUCAUAGGAAAGAAAGAGUUGGCUGAUAUUUUGUCCCUAAAAUGUUUUUUUAUUUUAUAAUUUCCUGUGAUAUUAUUAUUAUUAUUAUUACGACACUGGUGUCUCAAUCACCCUCCAUAUCUCCUUUUUAAAUGUGAAACUACCUCUUCAGUCUUCAAAAAGAAAAAAAAAGAUAUGAAGCAUUUUGACUGAGGAUUCUCUGGAUUUCACCAGAUAGUCCAAGUCAAACUCCUAUCCCAACUAGUGUCCUGAAGAGGUUUAGUGACUGUAUCAGCUCAUUUCCUAACUUCUUGUACCCUUUGACCAGAUCUGAGAGAACAGUUGGCUACAGACAGCCUACUGUUUUCGUUGGAGGAUGUAAGAUGAUGAUGAUGAUGAUGAUGUGUGUAUUCCAGUGACAUUAUUAUUUAAGUUGGAAAGCAGGUGGACAUCUUUCUCUGGGGUCUCUCUUCAAUGAUAAAAUUGACAAUGGUUGACCUGGAGAUUCCUAAUCUUAUUUAUUCUGUUGAAAUGUCUUUCAGUUCCUUGACCCUGGCAAUAUUAACUUUAGAAUAACAGAACACCAGUUGCAUCGAACUGACCGCAGUAAUGUAGAUGCAUUGUGUAGGGAAACACUGCAUGUCACUUGCUGCAUUAGUCAGCAUAGCGUUCAGCCAGGCUUAUGCUUAUCUGUAACAACGUUACGGUAGGAUUGACACAACGUUAGGGUAACGUUGAGGAGUGUUCUGCUUGUGUGAGUGCUCCUUAUUGAAGCGCCGCCAGCCAGCCACAGUACAGUGCCAGACGGGUUAGGUUCAGUGACUAGUAUCUGUUGUGUGAUGCAGUGUCUGUCUGUAACAAUCUCCAGGUGAAUAAAAACACAGGCUCUCAGAGUUCUUUUGUAGUUGUGUUUUUUCCCGUCAUCUCACCAUGAGUUAUUAUGAUGUCAUGACUUAUUUGUUUUGCUGAAGUCUUUUUGUUUUAUUGGUGGUGGUUAACCUUACAUUGGACUUAACGCUAUUGGACGUUGAUAUAAAAUGCUCAGUUGAACUUGAGUGCUUUGUAUAUUAUAUAUACAUGUAAGAAAUUAUAUGGGGGAGAAAAUACCUACUAAUUGGAAGGGGUGAUUUAUUAAUUGCAGUAUAAUGUGUUUUCUGACUGAGAUAUGCAAUGUUGUACUUAUUGUUGAGUCUUUGCACACUUACCUGUUGCUGCUUUAUUCUGAUCUUUUGUUGGGUAUGUGUUUGUUUCCUGGUUCCCCUCACCUUUACAACUGCUUCUAGAACAUGUUUUGUUUUAAAACUGCUUCUAGAACAUGUUUUGUUUUAAAACUGCUUCUAGAACAUGUUUUGUUAAGGACUCCUUACAUUUUUUUUUAAACUUUUUUUUUUAUAAAAAAUUAUAUGAACUCUUGAUUGGUGAAGGAAACCCAACCUGGCUAAACUGAACUGCUGAGCCUUUAUUAGUGUGUGACUACAAGUAUUUCAGUAUUCUACUUUUCUUUUAGUUUUAAACUCAUCACUCCUGAAUCCUGGCGCUUUACUUUUGGCGUGUUACAUUUUUGGAAAUUGAAGAUGCUGUAUACAUUUUGAGUACCAUAUUAAUUGAUCUUAGGCCUUGGAAAUGAUAUAUUUACGUGAGAUGGAAACAGUUUAUAGUGCUACAUUUUGUCAUGCACAUAAAAAAUGGUGUAUAGUUUUCUAAUAUUUCUUAUGUUUGUACGAUUGGAUGAUAUAUUAUUUUUAUGUUUUAGGUUGAUUUAUUUCUCCCCAUUUGGGAAUUGUUUUGGCUCUGAUACAGAGGCUAUAAGGACUGCUGUGGUAUUCUGUCCAGAAUUCUCUAGGUGGUUACCAUAUCAUGCCGCCAUUGUGGUUGUUUCCUUUAAUCCAAUGGACCACAGAGGGCUGUGUGUGAAGCUGGACUAAACAGCUCCUCUCUGUGUUACUCAUGGAGCUGUUGUCUGGCUCUCCUUUGAGGGGUUAAGGUGGAGUUGACUGUAAAAUAAUGAAGAAUAAAGAAAUACAAUGAUCUGUUA